GGUUUAUAGGUAACAAAUGUGUCAAAGCCUUUGACCACCAGCAAAUGGAUAAUGGACAGAAACCUUACAACAGUGAAGAAUGUGGCAAGACCUUUCCAUUGUGCUCAACACUUACUCAACAUGAAGUAACUCACACUGGAGAGAAGCCGAACGAAUGGAAGGAAUGUGGCAAUGUCCUUAACCAGCUCUCAACCCUUACAGAAGACCACAGAAUUCAUACUGGAGAGAAACUUUACCAAUGUAAAGAAUGUGGCAAGGCCUUUAACAAGCUCUCAGUCCUUAGUAGACAUCACAAAAUUCAUACUCAAGAGAAACCUUACCAGUGUAAAGAAUGUGGCAAGGCAUUUCACUGGUCCUCAGACCUUAUUCCACAUCACAGAAUCCAUACUGGAGAGAAACCUUACCAAUGUCAAGAAUGUGGCAAGGCCUUUACCCAUUCCUCAACCCUUACCAAACAUCAUAGAAUCCAUACUGGAGAGAAACCUUACCAAUGUCAAAAAUGUGGCAAGGCCUUUUCCCAGUAUUCAUCCCUUAUUCAACAUCACAGAAUUCAUACUGGAGAGAAACCUUACCAGUGUAAAGAAUGUGGCAAGGCCUUUACCCACUACUCAGCCCUUAGUAGACAUCACAGAAUUCAUAUUGGAGGAAAACCUUAUAAAUGUCAACAAUGUGGCAAGGCCUUUAACUUGCCCUCAGAACUUAUUACACAUCACAGAAUCCAUAUAGGAGAGAAACCUUACCAAUGUAAAGAAUGUGGCAAAGCUUUUAACUGGCCCUCAGGCCUUAAUCGACAUCACAGAACCCAUACUGGAGAGAAACCUUACCAAUGUAAAGAAUGUGGCAAGGCCUUUCCCUGGCUGUCCGCCCUUAGUAAACAUCACAGAAUUCAUACUGGAGAGAAACCUUACCAAUGUAAAGCAUGUGGCAAGAACUUUACGUACCUCUCAACCUUUACAGAUCAUCAGAGAACUCAUACUGGAGUCAAACCUUACAAAUGUAAAGAUUGUGGCAAAAUCUUUUACCAGCAGUCAAGCCUUACUGAACAUCAGAGAAUUCAUGCUGGGGAGACACCUUACAAGUGUGACGAAUGUGGCAAAACUUUUUACCGCCACAGAAGCCUUACUGAACACCAUUGUAUCCAUACUGGAGAGAAACCUUACCAAUGUCAAGAAUGUGGCAAGUCCUUUCAAGGGCACUCACACCUUAGGCGACAUCAGAGAGUUCAUACUGGAGAGAAACCUUACAAAUGUAAAGAGUGUGGGAAAGCCUUCAACGGCCACUCAGCACCAAUUCAACAUCAACGAGUGCACACUGGAGACAACCCUUACAAAUGUGAAGAAUGUGGUAAAACUUAUAAUUAUGGCUCAUUAGUAAAUGGACAUAGACCAAUUGGUAUGGGAGAGAAACCAUACACGCAUAAAAAAUGUGGGAUGACCUUUACCCAAUACUCACCUCUUACUGAACAUCGACAAAUCUAUACUGGAGAGAAACCUUACCAAUGUCAAGAAUGUGGCAAAGCCUUUCACCGGCCUUCAGUCCUUAAUCACCAUCACCGAAUCCAUACUGGAGAGAAACCUUACCAAUGUCAAGAAUGUGGCAAGGCCUUUACCCACCCCUCAAACCUUACUAAACAUCACAAAAUCCAUACUGGAGAAAAACCUUACCAAUGUAAACAAUGUGGCAAGACCUUUUCCCAGCACUCAUGCCUUAUUAAACAUCACAGAAUCCAUACUGGAGAGAAACCUUACCAAUGUCAAGAAUGUGGCAAGGCCUUUACCCACCCCUCAUACCUUACUAAACAUUACAAAAUCCAUACAGGAGAGAAACCUUACCAAUGUCAAGAAUGUGGCAAGGCCUUUACCCAUUCCUCAGACCUUUCCAAACAUCACAGAAUACAUACUGUAGAGAAAGCUUAUGAAUGUCAAGAAUGUGGCAAGGCCUUUACCCAACUCUCAAACCUUAAUCAACAUCACAGAAUCCAUACUGGAGAGAAACCUUACCAAUGUCAAGAAUGUGGCAAGGCCUUUACCCAUUCCUCAGACCUUAUCAAACAUCACCGAAUCCAUACUGGAGAGAAACCUUAUCAAUGUCAAGAAUGUGGCAAGGCCUUUCAUUGGCCCUCAGAACUUAAUCAACAUCACCGAACACAUACUGGAGAGAAACCUUACCAAUGUAACGAAUGUGCCAAGGCCUUUAAGUCAUCCCGGGUCCUUAAUCAACAUCUCCGAAUCCAUACUGGAGAGAAACCUUACCAAUGUCAAGAAUGUGGCAAGGCCUUUACCCAUUCCUCAGACCUUUCCAAACAUCACCGAAUCCAUACUGGAGAGAAACCUUACCAAUGUCAAGAAUGUGGCAAGGCCUUUACCCAUUCCUCAGACCUUUCCAAACAUCACAGAAUACAUACUGGGAGAGAAACUUACCAAUGUAAUGAAUGUGGCACAUCCUUUACUCACUCCUCAGGCCUUACCAAAUAUCACUGA